CCUGUUUUCAAGAAGCGGGUAUAUGAAAGUCCGAAGAUGUCAAGUCUCAGCUCACGAAGUUCUCGCCGGAGGAAUGCAACAAACGAUGAACAGUUGUCAGGUGACCUGUUAAGUGCUGGGACUACGUUUGAAAGAACUGGGGAAUCAAGUCGUACACGUGGGAGAGCACGGCGUAAUCGGUCAGGACACACCGAGCCUACAAGCAAUGCAGAACCCACAUCCGGUCUUCGUACAUCCGAAGUGGAGCCGGGUAGUCCUUUAUCAUACAGCGAUAUGUCUAGUGUGGCGACUGGGGUCGAAGAUGUUUUGAGUUCAGUUCGACCUGGCGUCAAUGAUGAAUUGGCUGUUCGUGCUGUUUUGUCUCAAUCUGGACCUCUUGUUCCCGCAACAGGUGUCCCUGGUACUACUGAUGGGUCGACUGCUAGUGGACCUCAGACUGUAAUAUGGGGUACCGAUGUAAACAUUGCUCAAGUGAUGUCAAGAUUUAAACACUUCCUAUUGACCUACAUCCCUCCAGACUUAACCGGCCAACCGAAUCUAACAACGGGUCAACCCAUAAAUCCACAAAGACCUCUUUAUAUCCAACGAAUGGAAGAUCUUGCAAUAUCAGGUUCGACUGCCUUAGACAUUGACUGUGAACAUCUUCGUUCUGCCAGGCCAGAUUUGUAUACGCAGUUGGUAACAUUUCCGAAGGAAGUUAUUCCAGCAUGUGAUGCUGCUACACACGCCUUAUUUUUAGACCGUUUCCGGGAAGUCCAGUUGGAAAGAUCAAUACAGAUUCGUCCAUUCAAUUGUGCAAGGUCUCGAGAUCUACGCAGUCUUGAUCCAGAUGAUCUUGAUCAACUUGUAACUGUCUCUGGUCUUGUAAUACGUUUAUCCCCGCUCAUCCCUGAAAUGAUGCGUGCAGAGUUCAAAUGUGCCAUCUGUGGUGCAAUGACAUCUGUUCCAUGUGAACGUGGUCGUAUUGCAGAACCAGAAGCGUGCAUACGUUGUCAUUCGGCUCAUACAGCUCAACUACAACAUAAUCGAUGUUUAUUUGUGGAUAAACAAAUGAUUAAAUUACAGGAAUCUCCAGAAAAUAUGCCUGCUAGCCAGACUCCUCAUACAGUACUUAUGUAUGCUCACGAAGAACUUGUUGAUAAAAUUCAACCGGGUGAUCGUGUUAUCGUUACGGGUAUUUAUCGUGCAAUACCACUACGAAUGUCUAACCGACAACGUACUCUUAAAGCGGUUUACAAAACAUAUAUAGAUGUUCUUCAUUUUCUCCGAGAAGGCGAUGAUCGAGUUCAAAAUGAUGGGCUCGCUACUGACGAAAAUACUUCUAUUGAGGAAGCACAUAUUUUACGUCAAUUCACGGAGGAACGUAUUGAAGAAUUUCAUACAUUGGCUCGUAAACCUGAUUUAUAUGAACGACUUGCUGCUGGUAUCGCACCAACAAUUUAUGAAAACGAAGAUAUUAAAAAGGGUAUUCUCCUACAAUUAUUUGGUGGUACACGUAAAGACUUCAGUGCUAAAGGACGUGGUGAUUUUCGUUCUGAAAUCAAUAUACUUUUAUGUGGUGACCCAGGUACUUCAAAAUCUCAACUUCUGCAGUAUGUAUACCGUCUUACUCCUCGUGGCCAAUAUACUUCUGGCAAGGGAAGUUCUGCUGUUGGUUUAACGGCCUACAUUACAAAAGAUGCAGAAACGCGUCAAUUAACACUGCAAACUGGAGCAUUAGUGUUGGCUGAUAAUGGGAUAUGUUGUAUCGACGAAUUCGACAAAAUGUCCGAUUCAACUCGUUCUGUACUACACGAAGUAAUGGAACAACAAACUCUAAGUAUUGCUAAAGCUGGUAUUCUUUGUCAACUUCAUGCUAGGACUUCAAUUUUAGCAGCUGCUAAUCCAAUCGGUUCUAAAUGGGAUCCUAGCAAAACGAUUAUUGACAAUAUACAGUUACCUCAUACUCUUCUAUCAAGAUUCGAUCUCAUUUUUCUUAUAUUGGAUCCACAAGAUGAAGUUUAUGAUACAAGAUUAGCCAGACAUUUGGUUGGGUUGUAUUAUCGUGGUACUACUCCAAGUCAGAUUGAUAGCAGUCAGGAUAUUCCAACCAACAGUAAUAAUAAUACUCGAGGUACACGUAGACCGCGUCCAGGAGCUGUUCUACUGGACAUGGAUAGUCAAACUGAUGAUGAUCCAUCAUUUGUAAACGGGAAACUCUUGAAGGAUUAUAUAGCCUAUGCUAAGAUGAAGUACUUUCCCAAACUAACGGAAGAAGCCGGUGAAUAUUUAGUUCGUGAGUAUGUAGAAAUGCGAAAACUGGGUUCAGGUCGUGGACAGGUAACUUAAUGAUUAAUUUAUUGCAUCACCACUUUUUCAUGUCAUCAGUGUUGUAUCAGUUAACUUAUAUACUUUUAAAGACUACAAUACAAAAUAAUUUUUUAUCACAGGUCCUCUAAAUAUUGAUUCUUAUUAUCGGCCGUUUUGGCGAUUGCUGAAUUUCAUAGUUCACAUCAUGGACUGAUCUUACUUAAACAACCACUAGAAAACAGGACACAUUCGAAAGCUGUUUUGUCUUAGUGUGGGGCUCCUUAGAAAUGUAAACCCACCAUUUUACUGGGGAUCUGACCCAGAUCUCGAGGUUAGUACUGCUGAAAAGUCCCAUGUUUGGACUGGUUUUCAGUAGUUGUCUGACUAUGAUUAGUUCGUGGUGUAAACUAAAAAUAUCGAUUUUCCACUUGUUUUAAUAGUUAGUUACAGCUUUUGUUGUUACGAGAGAUGCAAAAAACUAGGAGAACAUGCUAGGAUCAAUACUACUCCUUGGCUUCGUUUUAACUUGGAAUUAUUCUUAAAAAUCAUCACAUGUUCAGGUCGUAUAGCCCCGUUCAUCAAAGGCUAUUUCAAAGUUUGGAUUUUUAAUCCUCCUACAUUGGUUGGAGUUCUUGUUUCUUGAAGUUCUGUUAUUCUGAACAGGUCAACGGGAUGGCAGUGAAACCAAAGUAACAGAUAUACAGUCCGCUGUACUUGUACUGCCAACGGUACUUGGGUUUAAUAGCAGUAUGAUGUUUCGUGCGGACAAUAAACGUGUCCAUCCAUGAUAUCUUUUCACAAAUGAAAGUGGGGUUAAAAUCUGAACUAUAAGACUAAAACACUUCACCUUACCCCACAAAUUUCCGUCACCUGAGGUAGGAUCUGAAAAGUAGGAAGCUAAUACAUUUACAACUUCUCACAAAGGCCAGUGCAUUACCAGCCUAAAGCCUAUGCAUUCAUGUUCUUAGUUUAUCCAGAUCACCCUUUACCCAGUUUUCUUUCCAGAUAGCUCUAGAAGAAAUAUCCUUCUACUAUUCAGACAACUGUCAAAUGACAUUCACUUACAUACCUUUAACAAAAUCCAAGCUCAUUCUAUUCAUGUUUUAAAAAUAGGUCUAUAGAAUUUAAUACUCAGAACUCAAUUUCAACCGGUGUUUGUUGGUGGCAUAUGUGCAUGCUGUUCUGAUAGCCUCAAUAUAACCAUUUUAUCACAGUUUUUAUAGAAUAAGUAGAUUGUGGCUAGCAGUUAAAUCUAAGACGCACGUUUCAUCUUACUUGGAUCUCGUCAUUUGGAUGUGCCUACAUCCUACUGUUGAUGCUAAUAUACUGACUCGAACCCCUACAAAUAAAUACCAUAUCCUUUAAUUAGGUUAAUUGGAUUAUGAACCCAGUAACUCAAUAGAUAAUGAGUUGGUGUUUAAAUCAGAUGGCAUUAAGUUCGUUUUCGGGAGUGCAAAGUGACACUGGGAUGCAGGCAUAUUCAGCUGACGAAUGCCAAAAUAAAAUGAAAUGUACAUCCCGCAUUCCAUUUUUAGCUAUAAUCAGUUUAUCGUUUAAAUGUUUAGAGUUGUUUUAGAAACAGAUUACCAGCGUUUUAAAGGCUGUAGGUUAUUCAAAUUUACAAUAUUUAUCCAAAAAUAUUGAAACAGUUUGAUGAAUUCUACUCCCACUUACACAGCCGCCCAUCAGGUGUUUUUGUGACUUGGAUCGCCUAAUCUACUAAGGGGGAUGGGACAGUGCAUGACGUUAUUUUUUUGUGUGACAAGUCUUCUUAUUGAACACUUGAAUCGGUUUCCUAAGCUCUUUAAUAACCCAAGGCUAAAUUUACACGAGAAAAACGGCGCGUAAUGUGAAAAAGGUCUUUACUCCAAGGUUAGGCUAUGUACAGAAAACCGAGAGUACUUAUGGUAUUUCAGAUGGCCUUAGGCUUCUGAAACCAUACUAAACAUAGUAGCAGGACAGAUCACCAUCCAAUUAGAAAUGUGACUCGCGAACCUUCACUUUCUGUAUAUGUCCGAGAAACUUCUGUUCAACGAUGAUUAGAUAAAAUGUUUCCCGGGAUUUCCGGAGCCGUUCUGGACUUUUUCGAGGAAUACUUGAUAUCUCUCCAACAGUGUGCAAAGUUCAAAGAUAGUUGUGUGCUAUAUGCAUACAAUCUACCCCGUUAUUGUUCCUAACUUGACUUCCAGUCUAAUACAGAAAUUAUAAUUUCAUAUAACGUACUUCAUACCUGAUAAGACGAACACAAGUUUUAAUAUCACUAUGUAUUAUACUGUAAUAAACUUUGCUAUUCUCACCAUUAGUCUAUCUAGUUUAACUUAUAAGGUAUACAUAAGACUUUCUUAUGUUGUAUUAUUACAUUUCUAUUCUAUUUCAUUCUCAGGAUCUAUUACAUAAUUGAAAUGAAUUUGUUUUGUUUUCUUAUUCUCAUCUAUUCUUGUAAUUAACUUAUAAUUUCCAUAUUUAUUAUUAUUAAUACCAACCUUAUAAGAUAUCCGCAUAUCCUCGUCAACUUGAAUCACUUGUACGUUUAGCUGAAGCUCAUGCUCGUUUACGAUUAUCAAAUCAUGUUACGGCUGAUGAUUGUCGUGAAGCUCGACGUUUACAACGUGAAGCGUUAAAACAAGCAGCUAUUGAUCCGCUUACUGGUACUAUCGAUAUCAAUAUUUUAACAACAGGUAUCAGUAGUAGUGUACGUAAACGACGUGAAGAAAUGGCAAUGGCAAUAUGGUCACUUCUUGAAGAACGUCCUCGUGUAUUAACUUUUGUUUAUUCACGUGUACUAGAAGAUUUACGUGCACGUUCUGAACGUAUGAUUACACGUGAAAAUUUUGAAGAUGGAUUAAAUUUCUUAAAAAAUACAAAUAAAAUUGAUUGGGCCGGAAAUACUAUACGUAAACGUUAGAAAAACAACAACUUUUAAUUAUCUUUUUUUGUAUGCAAUUGUUUUCUAUUCGAAAAAAAACUACAACAACAAAAAGAACAAAAACUUUUACAGUGCAGAUUUUCGUAUUUUUUGUAUUUUUGUUUGUUUGUUUGCUUAAAUAAAGUGUUUAUUAUCUUAGAUAA